AAGGUUGCGUUGCAAAAACAAUACAGAAGAGCGUUGCAAUGUCCCAUUCAGUACACUUAUUUCGACACAUUCAAACCUCUCAAGUCAUUGUUAGCUUGAAGAAGGCUAUGAAGCCUUCACAACUAAACCAACUUGAUGCCGCAACACAACCCGUCCGUCUUAGAAAGGAUUUGUGGCGACCAAUGGUCUCCAUUAACGGAUUCAAGGACCAAGAAACCGCUCAGGCUGUUACUGACGCUUUGUUGCAACGCUCCGAGCUUCGUCAGCUGGAAACUAUGUUUUCUGACGAGCACUUAAAAUUGGCCAAGCGUUAUCGUGGACCAAUAGAGCAGGAUAUUGUCGAAAAGUCCUUAGUUUCAUUGCGCGAAGCUCUCGAAACCAUCGUCCCAAGACGCCACACCGAAGAUUCACCAAAGUUGACUGCUUUGUGGGAACAACAAAAGUUCGCCGAUCUCGCCGGUGCUGGAGAAGAGAAUAAGUGGCCUGAAUUUGUAGAGCACGGACAGCUGGUUUUGAAGAGAAAUCGCUUUGUUAAGGAAGCAUAGAAAUCUCAAUCAGUCACCUAUACUCAAGCGUGAGCAUCACCUAAAAUUUUUGCAACUCCCAGCUGCUCAUAAUGGACUCCAUAGACCUCUUGUACAUGUACAUCACUUUGCCUC